AUGGCAACGACCAGUGUCUCCUCUACUCUUGUGAUGCUGCCCUCGGUUGUGUCUCCAAGCCAAAGAGCUGUGUGCCAGCCUCCCCCCAAACCAUGCACAGCCUACACCUGUGACUCACUCACUGGAUGCCAUGCCAGAAACCUGACCAGCACUGAGUGUGCAUGCUGCGACCCAAGUGCCAACACCAACAAGUGCAAGAUAGCCACUUGCAACACCGCCACUGGUAUAUGUGACUACACUGACGUUGCCAUUGAUGAUGGCAAUGCAUGCACCAUUGAUGCUUGUGACCCAGUCUCGGGCAACAUCACCCACACCUAUGUGUCCAUCGACGACUCCAAUCCAUGCACCAUCGACACUUGCAACACUACGACUGGACUCAUCUCACACACUAAUGUCUCCAUCGACGACUCCAAUCCAUGCACCAUCGACACUUGCAACAUUACCACCGGUGAGAUCACACAUGUACCAAUCUCCAUUGAUGACUCCAAUGCUUGUACCAUUGACUCCUGCAACAUAACCACUGGUGAGAUUACUCAUAUUGAAGUUGUGAUCGAUGACUCCAACGCCUGUACCAUCGACACCUGCGACAUCGUCACUGGCAUAAUCCUUCACACUGAUGUAGUGAUUGAUGACUCCAACGCAUGCACCAUCGACUCAUGUGACCUAGCCACUGGCAUCAUCUCACACUCCAAUGUAUCCAUCGACGACUCCAACGCUUGCACCAUCGACUCAUGUGACAUCGUUUCUGGAGUGAUCACUCACACUGAUGUUGUGGUUGACGAUUCCAAUGCCUGCACCAUUGAUUUCUGUGAUGUCAUAACCGGUGUGAUCACUCAUACUGAUGUCUACAUCGACGACUCUAAUGCCUGUACAAUUGAUACUUGUAACACUUCCACUGGAGUGAUCACUCACACUGAUGUUUUGAUCGACGAUUCCAACGCAUGCACAAUCGAUACUUGUGAUCCAAUAAGUGGAUUGAUCACUCACACUAACGUUUCCACUGACGACUCCAACGCUUGCACCGUCGAUACCUGUGAUCCAGCCUCUGGAUUGAUCACUCACUCUGCCGUCUCCAUUGAUGACUCGAACUCCUGUACCAUCGACUCUUGUGAUAUUGCCACUGGUAUCAUCUCGCACACCAAUGUAUCCAUCGACGACUCGAACGCUUGCACCAUCGACAGUUGUGAUCCUGCAUCUGGAUUGAUUACUCACACUGACGUAUCAAUUGACGACUCCAAUUCCUGCACCAUCGACACAUGCGACCCUGCCACUGGUAUCAUCACUCACACUGAUGUAUUGAUUGACGACUCCAACGCUUGCACCAUCGACACAUGCAACUCAACCUCAGGAUUGAUCACUCACACUGAUGUCCUGAUUGAUGACUCCAAUGCCUGCACCAUCGACACAUGUGACGUUGUUACCGGUGUGAUCUCUCACACUGACGUUGUCAUUGACGACUCGAACGCUUGCACCAUCGACUCGUGUGACAUCACCACUGGAAUCAUCACUCACACUGAUGUCUCCAUCGAUGACCUCAACGCCUGCACUAUAGAUUACUGCAACCCAUCCACUGGUAUCAUCACUCUUACAGACGUAGUGAUCAGUGACAACAAUGCCUGCACCAUUGACCUCUGCAACACAACCACUGGUGAGAUCACUCACACUGAUGUUAUGAUCAGUGACAACCAAGCAUGCACCAUCGACUCUUGCAACCCAGCAACUGGAGUGAUCACACAUAUUGCCAAGCAAUGCUCUGGUUGUCAGACCUGCCAGUCAUCGACCGGACUCUGUCUGGACACAUCCAACCAGUGCACUGGUGGCAACGCUUGUCAGAUUGGCACCUGCACCAACGCCACCUGUUCAUACACCGCCAACAAGUGUGACGACGGAGACAGUUGCACCAAGGACACAUGCAGUCUCAGCAAGGGAUGCAUCCACACACCUAUCACUUGCCAGUAUGAAGGCAAGGACGUGUGCAGGUUUUCUAUAUGCAGGAACGGCACAUGUGUCAUGGAGAACACCAACUGUGACGAUGGCAAUCCCAGCACUUGCGACUCCUGCCACCAUGUCCAUGGAUGUCGCCACACGAACUGUGAUGACAAUAACAAGUGCACCAUCGACCUAUGUUCAGCAUCAAGUGGCAAGUGCACACACACACCAAUCAACUGUGAUGACAACGACGCCACCACCUACGAUUACUGCUCACCAACCAAUGGCGCCUGUGUCCACACUCCAUGCAAGGGUAAACAAUGCGGUGGAAAUGAUACUGACACUGAUACUGAUACCGACAAUGACAAUGGAAAAGACAACUAA